AUGUGGUUUGCAGCUUUUUAAUUAUUUUUCCUAAUUUUGGCAUGGAAAACUGGGCUGAAAUUUUAGGAGACAUUUUGUUGCUUUGAGAUUUUCAUAAUUGAGUACUUCAAUCUAUGGGCAAGUCUUGAUGUUAAUACUCCCCUAAAUACAGAGAAAAAUUUAAAUGAAUCAUUCUAUUGCCAAUGGGUUGAUUUUACACAGACCUAUGGUUUUUAGGUUAAUUUAUUCACAAUUUUGAAUAUUGUUUUACCAUGAAGUAAUCUAUACAAUUAUGUAAGAUGAGAAAUUACAUAAGUAUUGAAAGUGAAUGCAAAAUUUAUGAUAUUUCUUCAUUCUUUCUGUUUAGUGUUCAUAUUCUUUUGUUUGUUUUUCAGCCAUAAAUAUAAAAGGGAACAACCAAAACUUGGAGAAAGAUGCAUCAAAAAAUAAUCUUAGAAAGGAAAUAUUUGCCUUUGGCUCAUUAUGUAUUUCAAAUUAUGUAUAUCAUAUCAUAUAAUAUCAUAUCAGCCCUAUACACAAUAUUAUAAUUCUAUUAGAUCUAACCAAAUGAUGAUAAUUUUAGAAUCUAAAAAAGUCUUUGCUUAUCAUAUACAUCAUCUCAACAAUAUUUCUAUCACUUCUCAUCAUGAUUAGAGCUUUCAUUUAAAUAAGAGAACAUCCGUCGUAUUAACCUGCUAAAAUAUAGUGAUGCUUACACUGACAUGUUCCUUUUAAGUUAGUUAAUAUGGUUCAUAAAACAUUUUAUCAAUAGCUCAAAAAAGAGGCUUAAAUUAUCUAUGUGGAUAAACAAUUUAUUGAUGUUUAGAAAUCCAUUAGAAUAUUUUAAAUUUGAAAUGUUUAAGCAAGGAUUAUUUAAUAUUUCAAUUGCAUUGAAAAAUUUUUAGACAAUUUUCAGUUGUAAGAACUGAUAUUGAUGGAAUAUUACAAUUGAUAAUUUAGGCUAGGGCAACAAAAUUAGGAUAUUAAAUUAAAUGCUCAUCUCAUUAGAGAAACUUUGAGUAAAGAAUAAAUUACUAUAGUAUGGACUCUAGAUAAAUAUAAACUCAAUAAUUAAGCACUAUGCAAGGAAUUUAAUUUUAUGUUAAAGAAAUGUAACACGCCAAAAGAACUAGCCCUUAGAUGUUUGCCUUGUCUCUCAAACUUUUAUUCUGUAAUUAAAUCAGUUGAAUUUUAGGUUUAUAAAUCUGACAAUUAGGACAUUGAUGCUUCUGAUUAUUUCUCGUUAGAAAAGAAUGCUGAACUAAUUGAAAAUAUGAUUAAUAGGGAUGAAAGUAAAUUGUGGGAGUUCUUUUUCUUCAGUUUUGAAAAUAAAUGGAUUCUGAAAAGUAUAGCUGAUUGGGAAUUAAAUAGUUUUAGAUAAUGAAUGCCGAAAUAUUUUCAUCACGUGAGUAAAAAUAGAAAAUCGAUUAAGAAUAUGAAACGAAAAGGAGAUGCACUGAAGGGAAAACUAAAAUAUAUGGAUCUUUCUAAAAUCACUAUGAAGUUGUGGAUUUCGAUAAGUUAGAGUAGUGGAACAGGAUUGAUUGA